CAAAUUCUCAAAAAUAUGAGCGCAGCGCAGCCUGACCAACAAAGCCGUAGGCAUUCUCUGAAUGCCUACUUUAGUUUUGUCGAGCCUGCAAAACCUACCAACAAAAAAGGCAACGGUGAGAAGGAUGACCCAUCACAGCGACCAACCGAGCCAAAGCAGAGCUUACAAACAGCAAAGUCAGCAGAGAACGGCAGUCAACAAGGGCCAGCAACAAACAAGAAUACACCAACAAAUUCGCAGGUACCAGCAAAUGAUCAGACAGCGAAGAAAAACAUAGCGCAAGAGCAAUAUGGACGUAGAAAUGGCAUUACCAUCAACGCCAACCAUGCGUUCGGUUGUUCCCACUCCGCGCUCUGGAGCUACCCCAAUCGCAGCACGCCGGACCACCAUUUCAACCGCCGUACCUCCGCCAACGACAGGCAUCACCGCGCCAACGGCCCCGGGCAAUGGCUCGGCAUCAACACCAGCAUCACCCGCACUACCAGCGGAUCCGCAGCGUAUUCGAUGCCCACUAUGUCGCCGCCCGCAUCGGCUAUCGCACUGCGGAAUUUUUAAAGGUAUGCCACCACUGCAACGCCAGCAGGUUGCACAGGCCCACGGGUACCGCCUGAAUUGCCUGAGAACUACACACGCAACGCAGGAGUGCCCGUCCAACAAUCGUUGCCAAAUUUCAGAGAACACUACACGUUAACACACACACACAUACAAAUUUCAACAAAAAGGAAGAGAAAGCAUACCACAGCACUUUCUUUUCGAUACAACGUCGAUCGCAUCGCACCUCCGUGUUCGCAAUAUCCCGAUUUUCAGUUACUUGGCAUCCGCUAUAUAUAUAUACAUAUAUCAACAAUUAACAACCAUUAUAUCCAACCACUUUGUAAACUAACAUAAAUAAUUCGUAAAUUAUUGUAUAAAAUAAUCAAUUUU